AGAUUGAGCGUGUCAGCAGCCAGGUCCAUAUUGAAUCUGGAUUCUGGGCGCGUGCUAAACGGUGGUCAGACAGCGACGUGCUGGCUUAAGAGAACGAAGAUGCUGCUGCGCUCGGGACUCCUGUGGCGGCUGGCCGUGCUGGUCGUGCUCGGGGCAGCGCUGAUGCUGUGCCAGCUGCGUGGCAGUGCAGCACGCGUGAUUUACUUCAAUGCACUGAGCAGCAAUGAGAGCUUGGCGGAGCGGAACGGCUCUCAAGAUGCUGUGGGCAGGGGCAUGCUGUUCGAGUCACGGCGGAUGGGCUGCAGGCGUGGAUACAUGCGCGAUCAUCACAAUCGCUGCCGCCGGAUUGUGUAGCGACCUUUGGACUGAGGCUCGUUACCUUAUCGCUUAUGCAGAACCCAUUAACGUUUAACAAAUACAUUAUGUUUAUACAAAAUAUUAAAAAGAAGCACGACGUCACAAGACCACAGCCAACCCAUAUUUGUCAUGAUGAAAUUACGCGAAAUUUCACGAACUGCGCUAGACACUCCAUAGAUACCAAUGCAGAUACAAAAUACACGACUACAAGAUACACAAUGUUCCUAGAUAAAGGGACCAACCGCACGGCGCUGACUCAGUCGUGCGCUUUCGAAUCGAUAAUGAAGCAUUUGGCUGCCACUGGCUUGAUCACAUUUUUGGAAAUUUCGAAUAAUGUUGCUAUAGCAGCUGCUCUGUGACGUACCCGGGGGCUUUCUGGGAAAGCCAUGAGACAACCACAGCAGUUGACUACAUCGAUCGUGGCCCAGCGAGUCAUGCUGCCGGCGGUGUUUUCGGCCCACAAUAUGGACACAAUAAAUCGCCAACGUCUGCCUGCGGUGAUCCCCUCUAAUAUGGCUCAGUUCGCUCACUAUGCUUGACAUUGUAUAAGGUACAUACAUGCAUGGUUAUGCGGAAAACAUAUCUCCAAUUGCUGAUUGCUGCUUAACUAGCUUUCUGUUGACUCGUCAGCCGAUCGGAAA